CGAAACGCUCAUGACAGCAGCUAAAAGUGUAAGGCUUGAGUUAGUCAGUCGUUGGAUGCUCUAGCGGCAGAUACAGCCGGAGUGGGUCGAAGAGAGCCACAGUCCCCCAUUUGAAGCCAAAGCGAUCAUAAACUGCAUCGCCUUUUCAUUAGCUCAUAACAUGGCCGCAUCAGUUCUGCUCGCCUGCGGUCUAAACGAGCAAAAGUUGCCCGGUUUCGUGCACAUCAGCGAGGAGUCCAAUGUGGAUGGCAGCUUCCUCAUCAGUUGCAUACUAGGCCAGCGUCUGCGCAUCUCCAACGCCGGCACCCUACUUGUCUGUCUUCAGCAUCACUACCAGCACUAUUUCAAUGCCGGCAUGCGGUUGGGUUACAACUCUAAUAUAUUUUUGGGAAAGACGUUGAAUGUGAUUGACGCGCUCAGUGAUAUGUCACGGCAUGGCUUAAGUUCAAAAUGGCUGCGUACGCCGGACGGUCGUACGUUGACUGAUCAGCUAAUCUCCGAUAUACGCGCCCAUUUGGCCAGCAAUUAUGGUAGUCGCAACAGCAUAACUAUAUUGAUUGACAAUCUGUCGAUACUUUUCAACCUGGGCGCCACAAAAUUGCAGGUGCAGCAAUUCUGUCAGGCACUCGCUGCCAUUGCUAAGGAGCACGAUAAUCUUACUGUCAUUACAAAACUGAGCAAUAGCGACAUCCAUCAGCUAACGGAUAACAACGUGGCCAAGUGCUCAUCAGUGCGCAUCAGCGUCCUUAAGCUAAAGAGCGGGGUAUUUCGAGAGGUCGAUGGGAAGCUGUUAAUAGAAAAAGUAAUUGACGAGGGCAGCUAUGCCUGCGAAGAGUCUCGCAAGGAGGUCCUCUAUAAAGUCAAUGAUCGCAAUGUAAAAAUAUUUAAUCCCGGUGAAAUUGGCGUUAAGGUUUAGAUGAAUUUUUAUGGGUUUUUCUUUCUCUUUCGAUGGAAUUUAAUAAAGCGAAAUUUUUGUAUAAUCUAA